AUGCGGAAGGAAAUGGACAAGGUCGAGAAUGUGAUGAAGGAGAAGAUGGACAAGAAGUUGGAUGGGAUGGUGAAAAAAACUGACUCUCCAUUCACCCCUAGUGUCCUGGAAUGCCCCCUGCCACUCAAGUUUCGUCUCCCCCCGCUCGAGUUGUUCAAUGGUUUGAGGGACCCUCUGGAUCAUAUAUCGACCUUCAAGAUGACCUUAAGUUUACAUCAAAACCUCAAUGAAAUUCUACGUAGGUCUUUCCCGACCACCCUUAAGGGGGCCGCGAGAGUAUGGUUUAACAAACUCACUCGUUCAUCCAUUGACAACUUCGAGCAACUCAGCAACUCCUUUGUUUGCCACUUCGUUGGUGGUCAACGUCAAAAAAGACCAGCAGAUCACCUCCUCACAAUCAAGCAAGGAGAAGGGGAGUCAUUGAGAUCUUAUGUGAAAAGAUUUAACAAGGAAGUGUUGGAGGUAGGCAAGGUGGAAGACAAAGUGCAACUAACUAUGUUUAAUGCUGGCUUGAAGUCAAAGGAUUUUGUGGUUGCACUUGCAAAAAGUCCCCCUGGAUCAAUGAUAGAGAAAUUGUUGAAGGCCCAAAAAUAUAUGAACGUUGAAGAUGCUUUGGCUGCAAUUGAACAUAAGGGUCCACAAAAGGAAAGAAGAAGCACCCGAGACGUGCAAAGAGGUAGAAAGAGGGAGAGAAGCUCCCCUUCGUCUAGCCGAGACUCCAUCAAUAGGGGUGACGAUAAGCUUUCAAGGACGAUCAAAGACGACCAUGCCCUUAAAUGGCCAAAACUGCUACACUCCUUGCUUAACAUUCGCGACAAGAAGAAGUAUUGCUAUUUCCACAAAGAUCAUGGCCAUUACACGGAGGAUUGCAGGGAUUUGAAAGAAGAAAUAGAAAAAUUAAUCCAAAAAGGAAAGUCACAAUAA